AGUCAAACACGAAGUCUUUUGUUUUUUAGAGCAAACACGAAAUCUUUUUUUUUUUGAGGCGACACAAAAUCUUGAUUGGCUUAUUUAUUCUAAUUCCUAAAUCCCUAAAUAAUUCUAAUUCCUAAAUCCCUAAAACACUGCCGCACAUAAACACCCAAAAGUCAAAACCACCGCACCGCCACCUCUCCUCAGUCGCCGGUCCGCCGCCACUACCUGUGAGCGAGUCAACCAGCAGCCAUCAGUGAGCGCGUCAGCCAGCAGCUCAGCAGCUGCCCCCGGCGCCGCCACCUCCUUCGUCCGUCGCCGGCGGCCCCAGCCCACCCGCCCAGUCAACAGAAAUCCCAUCUCUUCCGUCCAACAGUUAGUAAGCAAUGGCAACUUCGGAUAGUAAUUUAAGCAUGUCUCCUCCCGGUUCUUAUGGUGCGGUGGUUCUAGGCGGAACCUUUGAUCGUUUGCAUGAUGGCCACCGUCAAUUUCUCAAGGCUGCGGCGAUGGUAGCUAGAGAUCGAAUUGUGAUUGGUGUUUGCGAUGGCCAUAUGCUCGUUAAUAAGCAGUAUUCUAAUCUGAUCGAACCAGUUGAACAAAGAAUGAAAAAUGUUGAAGAAUUCAUAAAGUCCGUAAAUUCAGAGCUUGUGGUGCAAGUAGAACCAAUUGUGGAUCCUUAUGGUCCUUCUAUAGUUGAUGAAAAUUUGGAGGCUAUCAUUGUCAGUAAGGAAACAUAUCCCGGAGGACUAUCUGUCAAUAAGAAGAGGGCUGAGAGAGGUCUUUCACAGCUAAAGAUUGAGGUUGUCGAUUUAGUCCCUGAAGAGUCGACCGGGGAGAAAUUGAGUUCCACUGCAUUAAGAAGAAUGGAAGCUGAGAAGGCGAGGAAGCUUCAGUUAGAAGCAAGGCUCUCUUGGUCUCCUGGGAUCCUCCCCCUGCUGUAUUUUUUGAGUUGUAUCCCUAAGAUGGUUAGGAAACGCAAAAUUUAUAGGAUGAGCACAACAGUGCCAACACGUGUGCAAGAGUUGGGACGCAAAUUCUCUUCGUAUCAAUGGAAACAUAACGAAGGUGUAGAAGAAAACCUUUGGGUCAUGUUGAAAUUGUGUGAUUAUUAUGUCUCCGAAUGAGGGGUGUCUAGUGACUUGGAAGCAAUAAACAAAGUCGUAGAAAUGAUUGAUGUUCGACUGAAAUACUUUGCCUUGGAGGCUUAUGGAGUGAGUUUUGAUA